UCAGAUUACAUUUUGGCAGGAAAUAAGGAACUUGAACAUUGGAGUCCUGAAAUUAUAAAUGAUUUGGUAACAAACCGAGCUUGCAAUGCAGGCAAUUAAAACCGUGGAAAAAGAAGUAACUUUUAUAAAGGAAAUACUUUUCACAGAAUCUUUCCUAAAGAAGCAAGAGUGCAGCAGAAGCCCAGUGAGCCGGCAGCAGCUCUGUGAGGAGCAGCCAUUGGAAGGAGCUGUCUGCAGCUCUCAGUGCUGUACUGAGCAUGUCCCAGCGGAGCCCAGUGCAAGCAGCACAUUAUGCAAAAAGGCAGCUCUAGCAGAUGGGAGAGAGGCACAGCAAGCAUUUGCUUCACUUGCAUCACCACCGCUUGAAAACAAACCUGGAUCGCUAGAGGGGAUCUCGCCGGCAGGCCAAGGGCAAGAAAUCCAGGAGCAUGGCUUGAUUUCCGAAGGCUUUGCGCUGCGAAAAAUCAUGGGGAAUCAAGAUGGGAAGCUAAAGAAAAAUACAGGUGAUGUGCAUGAAGGAGGGGAGGAUGUCUCUGGGCCCAAGGAUACAGAUGGCACAAAGAAGGGAGUCGGAAGCAGAAGAGGACUGGGGAAGCAUGCAAAAGGAAGUGAAUCUGGUAAAAAGAAGGGUAAGUCGGACUCAAAGGCCUCAGUGUUUUCAAAUUUAAGGAUCAGAAAAAAUCUGUCCAAGGCUAAAGAUGGGAAUAGUAGUUCGAGGGAGGAUGUUUUGGAAAGCCAGGCCUUGCCGACAGGGGAGCUGGACAGUACUCAUUCAAUUGUUACCAAAACUCCAGAUAUAAGCAUCUCUGCGGAUGAAGGGGGUCUCUCAGACACAGAUGCUGAACACUUUGAAAUCAGAAAUGAAACUGUCCCGGUUGCUGCAGAGACACAGGAUGGACAAAGGACCAGCUCUGGCUCUGAUACAGAUAUAUACAGUUUCCAUUCAGCCACCGAACAAGAGGAUUUGCUUUCUGAUAUCCAGCAAGCUAUUAGACUGCAGCAGCAGCAGCAGGGGGCAAUUAACAUUGGAACUGAGGACCUUAUCACCAAAACAAUGGGCCGACACAUGGCUAAUUCUCAAGCAACCCCCUUAGAUUUUGAACGGUUUCUUUCAGUAGCUACCACUGACAAAGCGAGCAGCCCAGACGCUGAGGCUUUUCCAGCGAUAUCUGAAAUUGCGGAAAACAUUCCAGUCUCCUGUGCAAAUGAAAGUGAACUGAAAGAGGCGGUAAAUGGAACAGGCUCUCCUGGUAACGGCUCAUUUAAAACACAAGAACGUAAGCUAUUGAUCGAGGAGGAGGAAGAGCUCGCUGCCGGAGUGGAUGCUGUAGCUAGUGAACUAAAAGAUGAUUUGAAUAGAACUGCAGUAGAAAACGGGUCUCAGAUAGACAGCUCUGCACUACGUUUUCCAACCUCUGUAGCAGAUUCUGAGACUAAAAUUAAUGAUGUGCAGGCUGUUGAUUUCCCAGGUUCAGUAACAGAGGAUGGUAUUUCAGAUGCAGGCCACAAUCAUGGUGCUGAGACUCAGGAAGGUAAAUACGCUCUAUCAGCCAGUCAAGAGGACCUGCCUAACGGUUUAUCUACUGAAAUAAAAAAUGGCAUUUUGUCCUCUGAGGAGACAACAGGCAGUCCAGUGCUUGGUUCUCGAUGCUUUAAGCCCUACCUAAUUAAUCCUUGUUACAUCAAAACCACAACUAGGCAACUGAGUUCUCCCAACCAUUCACCUUCUCCCUCCCCAUCCCAGAGCCCGCUGUUUACAAGGAGGCAGGAGUCCUUCCACAAAAAAGAAAAAGCCUCAAUCAAGAAGCAGAGGUCUGCUAGUUUGGCUGGUUUAUUUAGUCGUUCAGCAGACUGGACGGAUGAGAUAUCUGAUCACAAAUGUGAGAUAACGCAGAAGGUGGGCUCUGCAGGCUACUUGGAGCACAAGGGAGUGCCUUUGACUCAUUCAAGAAAGUCCUCAGGGGUGCAGGCUUCUACAGAGACAUUUCCCAAUGUCUUUUCAGGGCGAACUCUGCUGGAAAAGCUGUUCAGCCAGCAGGAGAAUGCACCACAAGAAGAAGCAGAAAAACUGUGUUCUCGUAUUAUUGCAAUGGGUCUUUUGCUUCCCUUCACUGAUUGCUUCAGAGAACCAUGUAAUCAGAGUGCCCAACAAAGCACACCCACAUUUGAUCAAGACCAGCUUUAUACUUGGGCUGCAGUUAGCCAACCCACACAUUCAUCAGAUUACAUUGAAGGAAGCUUUCCAAGGAGAAUUCCAUCUGUGUGGCCCCCACCCAAACCUCCAGAUGAAGAACAAAGUUUCAAAAAUACGGAAGCAGUUCCUGGAGAGUUGAAAUCUACUAUUCUAGAAGCAGAGAAACAAUGCAUAGAUGAUGUCCAGCGGCUACAGAAAGAAGACUGUUCCACAGUACCUGGGUCCUGGGAUGAUUAUGAGGUGAAAUCUGAGGAGCGUGCCAGUGUCAUCCAACAGCUUGAGCAAACUAUUGAGGACCUGAGGACCAAAAUUGCAGAACUAGAGAAACAAUUCCCUGCUACAGAAGUACGGACUGCUGCAAAAGAGCAGGAAAAUGAGCACCGACACCCACUCUGCAGGGAACUCAGUAGUGUGACUCUUCAAACCAACGGAGAGGAGGUUGUACCCGGAACUGUGUCACAAGCAAGAUCUGUACAAACAUCACCAACAGAUGAUUAUUUAACACACACAAUGCCUUCAGCCAAUGCACUGCCACAGCCACCCUCACCACCAUUCUUGGAAGGAGGCAAAAGUGAAGGGCCAACUCAGCAAUUGCCAACUCUGGAACUACAGCCCACGUUUUGUUCUGAAAUCUCCUUAAUACUGUCACCGAAGCUGAUCUCAGUGCCGCUGGAUGCAAGCCAAUCAGUACAAAGUACACCACAGUCACCUCUUCCAGGACCCAAAGUUAAUUUGUCCCUUGCAUUUGAAGGAGAGACUGGAUUGCCAGCUCCCCAUCAGCCCCUAAGUACUGGAAAUGUGACCUGCAGUGAAUGUACCCUCACUGUGCCACCAGAGCCCUCUUGUAGCAUUCUCUCAUCACUGCCAGCCCCUACCCUGGCUUCUCCUGCACCCCUGUCAGGAGGACCACCCCUGCCCAGUUCAGGACUCCCUCUGCAUCCUGCUGGCCCAGCAAUGCCACACCUGGACCACUCUUUGCCAGGUGGUAUGAUGCCACCUCCUCCUCCUCCACUUUUGCCAGGUGGGGAGAUACCAGCGCUGCCUCCAGCCCCACCUCUUCCAGGUAUCCCACCACCACCUCCACCACCACCUCUGCCCAGUGGAGGUAUCCCACCUCCCCUGCCACCACCACCUUUACCUGGGGCCAGUGUCCCUUCCCCACCUCCUCCUUUACCUGGCUUGGGAGUUCCCCCACAACCCACACCACCACCUCUACCUGGAGCAGGAGUGCCACCACUUCCCCCACCUCUUCCCGGAGGGGGCAUUCCUCUGCCUCUUCCUCCCCCUCCUCUGCCGACACCUCUGCCUGGUGCGGGUUUCCCUCCCCCCCCUCCUCCUCCACCUCUGCCUGGUGCGGGUUUCCCUCCCCCCCCUCCUCCUCCUGUGCCUGGUGCGGGUUUCCCUCCCCCACCACCUCCUCCACCUCUGCCUGGGGCGGGUUUCCCUCCGCCGCCACCUCCUCCACCUCUGCCUGGUGCAGGCCUGCCGCCGCCACCUCCUCCACCUCUGCCUGGUGCAGGCAUGCCGCCGCCGCCGCCACCUCCUCCACCUCUGCCUGGUGCAGGCCUGCCGCCGCCGCCGCCACCUCCUCCACCUCUGCCUGGUGCAGGCCUGCUGCCGCCGCCACCACCUCUGCCAGACCUGGGAAUGCCAGUCCCACCAACUUUGCCAGGAGCUGUGCCACCCCCUCCACCACUAGCCCAGAGCAGCGCCUAUCCAGCAGUCCCACAAGUUUGUGGGUUUCUUCCUCCUCCAUUACCAUCUGGUUUAUUUGCAAUGGGGGUGAAUCAGGAGAAAGGGAGCAGGAAACAUGUGAUAGAGCCUUCUCGACCAAUGAAGCCUCUUUAUUGGACAAGAAUUCAGCUCCACAGUAAAAGAGAUUCUAGUGCUUCACUUGUGUGGGAAAAAAUUGAAGAGCCUUCCAUAGAUUAUCAUGAGUUUGAAGAACUGUUUUCUAAAACAGCAGUUAAAGAGAGGAAGAAACCCAUUUCGGACACCAUUACAAAAACAAAGACUAAACAAGUUGUCAAGUUGUUAAGUAACAAAAGAUCUCAAGCUGUUGGAAUAUUAAUGUCUAGCCUUCAUUUAGACAUGAGGGACAUUCAGCACGCUGUUGUGAACUUGGACAACUCUGUGGUUGACCUAGAGACCCUUCAGGCCCUCUAUGAGAAUAGAGCACAAUCAGAUGAAUUAGAAAAAAUAGAAAAGCAUAGCAGGGCAUCCAAGGAAAAAGAAAAUGCCAAGUCUUUGGAUAAGCCUGAACAGUUCCUCUAUGAACUCUCACUAAUUCCCAACUUUUCAGAACGAGUGUUCUGUAUUCUGUUCCAAUCCACGUUUUCAGAAAGCAUUUGUUCAAUUCGUCGCAAGCUUGAAUUGUUGCAGAAACUGUGUGAGACACUGAAAAAUGGGUCAGGUGUUAUGCAGGUCCUGGGUUUGGUUCUUGCCUUUGGAAAUUAUAUGAAUGGUGGAAACAGGACACGAGGACAGGCAGAUGGGUUUGGAUUAGAUAUCCUGCCAAAACUGAAAGAUGUCAAGAGCAGUGACAACAGCAGGAGUCUUCUAUCUUACAUUGUCUCAUACUAUUUGCGUAAUUUUGAUGAGGAUGCUGGAAAAGAGCAAUGCAUCUUUCCUCUUCCAGAGCCACAAGAUCUCUUCCAGGCUUCUCAACUGAAGUUUGAAGAUUUUCAAAAGGAUCUUCGCAAAAUGAAGAAAGAUUUGCGAGUAUGCGAGACAGAAGCAGCAAAAGUUUAUCAGCUAUCACUAGAAGAGCACCUCCAGCCUUUCAAAGACAGCAUGGAGCAAUUCAUUAGUCAAGCUAAAAUAGACCAAGAAAAUGAAGAGAAGUCACUGACAGAAGCACAUAAAAGCUUUUUGGAAACUGCAGCCUAUUUCUGGAUGAAACCAAAAAUGGGAGAGAAAGAGGUGUCCCCACAUUCUUUCUUCAGUAUUUGGCACGAAUUCAGUUCUGACUUCAAAGAGUUCUGGAAGAAGGAAAACAAACUUAUUCUGCAAGAAAGAGUUAAAGAAGCAGAGGAAGUCUGCAGGCAGAAAAAGGGGAAAUCACUUUACAAUAUAAGACCAAAACAUGACUCUGGAAUUAAAGCAAAAAUAAGUAUGAAAAUCUGAGAGAAGACAAGUGAAAGCCAUUGUUACCUGGUUACCAAAACUCAACAUUUCUGUGGGUGGGGGGUGAGAGGGAAGGAAACUACAUCAUCUUGAUCAUUUGCUACCUUUCUGGAUUUCCGUUUUGUUCUCUCGAGUUUUCCACCAAUUGAUGUGUUAUUGUACAUUCAUGAAUGAAUGUAAUCACUUUAAUGGAGUGCCCAGCAAUAGACUAGAUAUGGACUUGAAACACCUUCCCUGUACUCUGUAUCUCCUUUGCCAGUCAAAAAUAAUUUGUAAAGUUUAUCGUAUAUUACAAAUAGGCCAAAUCAGCAUGCAUAAAAAGCAGCAUCUGCAUCAGUUCUGAACAUGCUGAAAAUUGCAUUACGUUGAACUUCAUAAGAAUGCUGCUUAAUAAAGUAAAACAUUUCCAUUCCUACUGGCAACAUCUGUCUAACACAAAUACUUCAUGGCACUGCACUUAGAUUAGGGGAAGAAACGUUACUCCUAGUGAAUUGUUUGUAUCUGUUUCAUGUUGGCAUUUGUAGAUUGUAUUUUGAAUCGUUAAGUGCUGUUUAUACAGUAUAAUCAAUGCUUUCCCAACUUGUUUGGUUGCCCUCAAUGACUAAAUAUUUGUGGAACAAGAUGUUUACCGUAACUAUCUUUAAAAUCGAUAAGGCAGCAUACUUUUACUUCAUCUUUUGCCAGAUAGUGAAUGCCAGGUGGUAUGGGGGUCAGAAAUCCAACAUAAAAAAUUAGUAAGUGAAAAGCAGGAAAAUACAGAAAAGCACAGAAAUACUGUAGAGAGUAUGAGAGAGAUUUGGCUAUUAUAGUUUGUUAAUAUAUAAAGCAGCUAAUACUUUUACAUGAACUUUAGAAGGCAUAGUAUAGUUUUAACUCCUGAUCACUUAAGUCAGACAGGCUUGUGGCCACAUGUAUAUGUCUUCCCUUUUGGAACUAGCUUUACAGUUAAUUUAAAACUCCUUUAGAGAGCCUUUAAAAGAUGCACAUGGGAAUUGACAUUUCUGGAAAACAGUAGCCAAUUCUAGUGACAGAGCAUAGACUACCAACAAAUUCACAUCAAUUUCACAUUUAACAGAAUUGCAGAUUUUUCUUCCAGGCUUUCAGCGUUCCUGACUAGAAGGUUAAUGAUUGAAAUCUAUGACUGAGGGCUUCCGUUUUAGACCACAUGCUUAAUUCCUAUUUGCAAUCCAGAAUUUACUAUCUCAGUCUUGAUCUGCUCAACCAGUAGCACCACCUUCCUCCAGUCCUAAUUAAAAAGCCCAAAAACAAUCAGCCUGAUUGAUUGAUAACAUUUUGCUUUCAAAGCGCACUUUCCGUGAAAGCAGCCAGUGUGUGCAACUAAGUUGGAGGCACAGGCUCACAGCCUUGGAGCCUGGAAGACACUGGUGUGAAGCAGAUGAGAUCUAACCUGCUGGGGUAGAUUAUUCCCUUUCUAAUCUAGGACAUCCUAAAGCGUUCCUGGCUGUCCAGAGGCUAAUAUACUCUACAAGGUGUUAUAAGAGGAAGUGCAAAUUAUGACCUCAGGAAUCUGUUAUUCUUCACAUAUACCAAGCACUAGAAAAUAUGCUUUUUUUCACUAUGUGAAAAGCAAGUCUCCUGUUGCUUGACAGACCUUUGUGAAAUUCUGUACUCAUAAUUAUUUCUGGCAGGGAUAUAAAUUACCAAGAAUGGAAUUCUAAAAUUUUGUGUUGAUGGGAGUAACAUUACCAUUUCGGGAAGUGAAAAGAGGAGAUUAUUUGCUGUUAAAACUAACUUAUGGAAAAAAAAAAAACUUAAAAAAAAAAAUAAAGCUAUUUUAAUGGCACUGAUUCAAAUCCAUGUUUGUAUUUAUGUACAACAAUAGUCUUUUUGUUUUAACUUUGCUCUUAAGUGCAAAGAUACAGUAGCUUGUUUUAGUUUGUCGCCUUCCUGUUCCCUUCAGUACCUACAGUAUGUAUAUUACCAUACUAAAUGAAAUAAUAGGACAUUUAACAAAGAUCACUAUGUGCAAUAUUGUAUUUAGUGUUUCUAUUUCAAUUUUUUUAGAAUGUUAAUUUAUAUGAAAAUAAAAGGAAUAAUAACGAAA